AUGCAUUUCCAAGCCGUCGUCAUCGCCCUUGCUGGCGCUUCCACCGCAAUGGCCGCUGCCCUUCCAGGGAAGAGCACCUUGAUGGAUCGUCAAGUUCUCCUCUGCUCUGGCCUCGGCAGCACUCCUCUUUGCUGCGCUACCGAUGUCCUUGGUGUUGCCGACCUUGACUGUGCUGCACCUCCCGAGACACCCACCAGUGCUGAUAAUUUUGGCGAGAUCUGCGCCGCCAUUGGCCAGCGCGCCCGCUGCUGCUUGUUGCCUAUCCUUGAGCAAGGUCUCAUCUGCUCUGCCCCAUAA